AUGAAUGAGAGGUCAUCUCGAUCCACAACGAUUUCCGGAUUAAUUCUGGAGUCGAAAGAUGCCAAUCAGAAGAUGGACCUUUCUCUGACGAAAGCUGCUGGUGAGCGUCUUAAAGAGGGGGCUAACAUAAACAAAUCUUUGUCAGUAUUAGGAAAUGUGAUAAGGCAACUAAGCGAGGGGAAGGAGUUUAUCAGUUAUCGCGAUUCGAAAUUGACUAGACUGCUCUCACAGGCUCUUGGCGGUAAUGCCAAAUCAUUGAUUAUCGGGAAUAUCAGACCAAUGAUCCACCCCGAAGUAGCCGAUGGUCUAGAGCGUCUUUGGAACGUAAGAGCAAACUGCAUAUGGGAAGCCGAUGAAAGUAGUCGCCAUGGAGAGGUUUAUAUAUUCGACCAUGUAUUUAACUAG